CCUAUAUAUAACCACCCUCCUACUUCUCUCUCCAACUGACAUCUUUCAAAACACGCAAAUUGAAUUCCAGAAUUUAAAUCAAAAUUAAAAUUGAAACUAAAAAUGGCGUUUUACGCAGAAGAAGAUGAAGUUUGGAAAUGCUCAUUACACCCCUCUAAACGUCGUCGUACUGGUGUAUGUUCAUCUUGCCUUAAAGAACGCCUCGCCGCACUCUGCCCUGACUGCGCUAACGUACGCCCUUGCUCAUGCUACGCUACCACCUCUUCAUCUUCCUCCGCUUCAUCGUCUUUCUCUCUCCACUUCUCCGAUGUCGGUCGGAUCUCUAAACUCAUCGACGGUGAACCGGCGUUUCGACGGUCUAGAUCAUCCGCCUUUCCGUUCUUCCGAUCAGCUAGAUACUCCACCGCCGAUGAUAAACCAGCGCCGGAGAAACUCACCGGGAAAGAAUCUUCGUCGUUUUGGUCAAUGAUUUGGUGGCAGAAGAAGCCGAGGAAAGAGAAAAUGGAAGCGGAGAUGAGAAGAUCGAGGUCUGUCGCCGUUGCCGGAAAUGAUGUCAGAGGUUCGAAAGGUAAAGGAUGGUAUUUUCCGAGUCCGAUGAAGGUUUUCCGGCAGACUUAUUCUAAGACUCCUAAAGUUGUUCAUGAACGAUCUCCUUUGCAUCGAGGUUAACUACUUCGUAUUAAUUUUUCAAAAAUAAUUUCUUUACCAUCAAAAGUGAGUUUAUUUAUUUUUUAUAAUGUGUAAAUUUAAUUUAGUACUCCGUAGCAAACUAGCAAUAGAUAAUACGAAUUGUACUC